GAUGCAAGACUUCAAACCUUCUUUGACAUGGUGGACAAAAAUGCGGACGGUCGAAUCACUGAAGAAGAGGUGAAGGAGAUUAUAUCGUUAAGUGCUGGUGCUAACAAGUUGUCAAAAAUUCAAGAACGUGCUGAAGAAUACGCAGCACUUAUCAUGGAAGAGCUGGAUCCAGACAACCUUGGUUAUAUUGAGCUGUACAACUUGGAAAUGCUACUUAUACAAGGCCCAGCACAAUCAAGCAACCUAAAAUCAGGCACAGACAGCCGUGUUCUUAGCCAGUUGCUAAGCCAGAAGCUUGUCCCAACCAAAGAGCACAACCCCAUAAAGCGCUGCUACAGAAAGUUUGCAUACUUUGUGGAGGACAAUUGGAGAAGAAUUUGGGUCGUGGCCUUGUGGCUCGCAAUCUGUGCGAGCCUCUUUACGUGGAAAUUCAUCCAGUACAAGGAUCGGGCCGUGUUUGAUGUAAUGGGCUAUUGUGUCACCACUGCUAAGGGUGCUGCCGAAACACUUAAGUUCAAUAUGGCCCUCAUUCUCUUGCCCGUUUGUAGAAAUACAAUUACUUGGCUUAGAAGCAAGACCAAGUUGGGAUUAGUGAUUCCCUUUGACGACAACAUUAACUUUCACAAGGUGAUUGCUUUUGGGAUUGCGGUUGGGGUUGGCCUGCAUGCUGGAGCACAUUUGACAUGUGAUUUUCCUAGGCUGCUACACGCUACCGACGAGGAAUAUGAGCCAAUGGAGCCAUUCUUUGGGGAAGAACGGCCGGACAACUAUUGGUGGUUCGUAAAGGGCACAGAGGGCUGGACCGGGGUAGUCAUGGUGGUGCUAAUGGCCAUAGCUUUCACCUUAGCACAACCUUGGUUUCGCCGCAACAGGCUAAACCUCCCUAAAAGCCUGAAAAGACUCUCUGGCUUCAAUGCCUUUUGGUACUCCCACCACUUGUUUGUCAUUGUUUAUGUCCUCUUUGUUGUUCACGGAUACUAUCUCUACCUCUCCAAGAAGUGGUACAAAAAGACUACAUGGAUGUAUCUCGCUGUUCCGGUUGUUUUAUACACUUGUGAGCGCUUGAUUCGCGCGUUCAGGUCUGGGUACAAAACAGUGAGAAUCUUAAAGGUUGCAGUUUAUCCUGGAAAUGUCCUUGCACUGCACAUGUCUAAACCACAGGGAUUCAAGUACUCAAGUGGACAAUAUAUAUACCUAAACUGCGCAGCUAUAUCCCCAUUUCAAUGGUAA